AAAACUGCACGGAAUUAAAAGAAAGUUUUUUGGUUUUUUUGACAGGCGGAAGAGGCCAGGGAGCACUGCAAGGCGUGUCAGGUCGAUGUUGGAGUAAAAAGGGUGGAACUGGCCAAAACCAAGAGCGUGAUCAUCACUCAGCUCCGCGAGAUGGUUUCUCAGUGUGACCUCACCCUCAAGGCAGUGACGGUCAAUUGGUUCCAGCUCCAACAGGCGCAGGUCGUCUCUCUCCCCGUCAACCACCAGAGUCUGUGUGAAAACGCCAAGUUGUACGAGCCUGGCCAGCGCUACAUCGACUUCGUCCGCAGUCUGCCCGCCGACGUGCCUUCUCUGGACUCCCUCUCGUUUGAUUCACCCGUUUCACAAGGCAUAGGGUGAGGCACCGGGAAGAUGUGGUUGUCGCCGUUA